AUGGAGAGAAAGCCUCUCGAAGUCGAGUCAACGGAUCACCAAAAGCUUUCCUCCGCCGUGUACGAUGGCUCUGUUACGGCCGUUGAUUCUAUUGAAGAAGAAGUUCAGGAGACGAAAGUUGUAUAUAGAGGCUGGAAAGUCAUGCCCUUCAUCAUUGGAAAUGAGACAUUUGAGAAGCUUGGGAUCAUUGGAACACUAUCAAACCUUCUUGUUUACUUAACUGCUGUCUUCAACAUGAAGAGUAUCACAGCUGCAACAAUCAUCAACGCCUUUAGUGGCACAAUCAACUUCGGAACUUUCGUUGCUGCUUUCCUCUGUGACACUUACUUCGGUCGAUACAAGACUCUUACCGUAGCAGUCAUCGCCUGUUUUCUUGGAUCACUUGUGAUACUAUUGACUGCGGCAGUGCCACAACUACAUCCAGCUCCAUGUGGAGCAGCUAGCUCAUGUAGCGAGCCAAGUGGUGGUCAGAUAGCGUUUCUACUAAUGGGUCUAGGGUUUCUUGUAGUAGGAGCAGGUGGGAUUAGACCAUGCAAUCUAGCUUUCGGGGCUGAUCAGUUUAACCCGAAGAGCGGGUCAGGGAAACGAGGGAUUGAUAGUUUCUUCAACUGGUACUUCUUCACAUUCACUUUCGCGCAGAUCUUGUCUCUGACAGUAGUUGUCUAUAUUCAGUCUAAUGUAAGUUGGACCAUCGGUUUAACCAUCCCGACCGUUCUUAUGUUCUUGGCCUCGGUGAUAUUCUUUGCUGGAGAUAAGUUGUAUGUCAAGAUCAAAGCCUCGGGUAGUCCAUUGGCUAGUAUAGCUCAUGUUAUGACGGCUGCAAUGAAGAAACGUGGGUUAAAGUCAGUGAAACAGCCUUGGCUGAACCUUUACAAUUACUACCCAUCAAAAUACGCAAACGCCAAGCUCAAAUACACCGACCAGUUCAGAUUUCUCGACAAGGCGGCAAUCUUGGCUCCAGAAGACGAGUUGGAGGCUGAUGGUAAGCCUGCUAAUCCAUGGAAGCUAUGUACAAUGCAACAAGUUGAAGAAGUGAAGUGCAUAGUGAGAGUGCUUCCUAUAUGGGUAGCUUCAUCAAUUUACUACUUAGCCAUAUCACAACAAAUGACUUACCCUGUCUUCCAAGCCCUCCAGAGUGAUCGUCGCUUAGGCUCCGGAGGUUUUGUGAUCCCUGCUGCUACUUACGUUGUCUUCUUGAUGACAGGCAUGACAGUCUUCAUCAUAAUCUACGACCGUGUCCUCGUGCCUACCUUAAGAAGAAUAACAGGUAUAGACACGGGGAUAACACUCUUGCAAAGAAUUGGAACCGGUAUUUUCUUCGCCUUGUUAAGCUUAGUGGUCUCUGGUUUCGUCGAGGAACGUAGGAGAACUUUAGCACUGUCUAGACCGACACUUGGUUUAGCGCCGAGGAAGGGUGAAAUCUCCUCAAUGUCAGCUAUGUGGCUGAUUCCGCAGCUCGGACUUGCUGGUAUAGCCGAGGCGUUUGGAGCUAUUGGACAGAUGGAGUUUUACUACAAGCAGUUCCCUGAGAACAUGAGGAGUUUCGCUGGUUCGAUCUAUUACAUAGGAGGAGGAGUUUCGAGUUACCUUGGUAGCUUCUUGAUCGCUACGGUUCAUAAGAUGACACAGAACUCGUCCGGUGGUAAUUGGUUAGCUGAGGAUUUGAACAAAGCGAGAUUGGAUUACUUCUAUUUCAUGAUCGCUGGAAUCUUGGGAGUUAAUUUUGCUUACUUCAUGGUGAUGUCAAGAUGGUAUAGGUACAAAAGUGAUGAUGAAGAGACAAAUAAUGAAACCAAUGGAGAUAUCAUCAAAGAACAAGAUAAGAACAAAAUAUGAUGAUCAUGUCUUGAUUACACACUUUGGCAUUUCUCGGAAUAAGACAGUGAAACAACGUAAUGAUAUACUUGCUCUAGCUUCUUUCUAUUUUCUUUUCGGUUAAUGUGUUACAUCACAUCUCUUUCUUUAUAUAAAUGUAAAGAAAAUGGAAAUUAUAACAUCACAUGUAUUUGC